AUGAAUACUCAUAAUGAUGAUGGAGAAGAGUAUAAAACUAUAACAUCUACAUUAUCAUCAUUUUAUAAUUUUUAUAAUUAUCAAAUUAAUAAAUUAAUUAAACCAAGAAUUUCAAAAUUUGAAAUUUUAUCAAAUCAAGAUAAACAAUUAUUAUUAUGGUAUCAAAAGCAUACAGAAUAUAUUCAACAAUGUAUUAUGAUAAAUAAAGAUUUUACAGAGAAAUUAGCUGUAGAAGUAUCAACAGAAUGGGGUGUUGAUUCCAAAACUCCACAUUCAUGGUCUGAACCAACAAUUGAACAAUUUGAAAUGACUCAAUUAAUAUUAUUACAAUUGACAAGAGAGUGGAGUGAAGAAGGUUUAAAAGAAAGAAAAAAUUCACAUAAUCUUAUAAUGAAUCAAUUAAAUUCAAAAUUCCCCAACUAUAUAGAUCGACAAAAUAAAAAAAUAUUAGUACCUGGUUGUGGAUUAGGUAGAUUAGUAUUUGAAUUAAUUUGUCAAGGUUUUAAUACAGAAGGAAAUGAUAAUAAUUAUCAUAUGUUAUUUACUUUUAGUUAUAUAUUAAAAAAUUGUGAUUUACCAUUUGAAAUUUCAAUAUUUCCAUUUUUAGAUAAUUCAUUAACUAAUUUUUCUAAAAGACAAUUUCAAAUAAGACCAAUUAUAUUACCUGAUAUUUCCCCCAUACAAAAAUUAAAUGAAUUAAAUUUAGAACGUAAGGGGAAAAUCCCAUAUAAUGAUUUAAUAUCAAUAACUGCUGGUUCAUUUAUUGAUUUAUAUGGAACUUUUAACGUUACAGAUCCAAAAGAAAUUAAAGAUCUAAAACUGUCAAAUAAAAAUAAAUUUGAUGUUGUUGUAACUGAAUUUUUUUUAAAUACUGGUAAUAUGAUAGAAUAUAUAAAAACAAUAAAUAAUACUUUGGCUGUAGGUGGUAUAUGGAUAAAUUAUGGUCCAAUUACAGAAGAAAAUAAUAAAUAUGGGAUAGAUUUAACAAAAGAAGAUUUAAGUGAAUUGAUCACUAAUUUAGGUUUUAAAUUUUUGGAGAAAAAUGAUUUUGAAGAUAGUUAUUUUAAUAAUGAUAAUUCAUUAAUUGAAAAUAAACAAAUUUGUGAAUUUUGGUCUUGUGAAAAAAUUAAUGAUUUAACCUAA